AUGGAUAUAUCAAGCAAAAAUGAGGAAGAGAAAAAAAAAAAUAAAAAUAAAAAUAAAAUCUUAGUAUGUGGACUAAUUUCAGGAAUACUCACAAAAACACUGUUUGCUCCCUUUGAUCGUAUAAAACUAUUUUAUCAAAUCCAACCCAUGUUUAAUCAAUAUAAAAAAGAAGAAAAAAGAAAUUUAGAAAAAGAAAAACACAAUUAUCAUAAUAAAAAAGUUGCAAUCCUUAAUCAUAACAUUAUUUUAAAAAAUGCUACGAAUGUAGAAAAUAAAUUAAAGUCAAAUAAUCAACAAAAUUUAUGCUUUUCCAAAAAUGAUGACAAAACAAAGUUACGCUUCCAUUUGGUUAAAAGACAAAAUGUGAUGUUUCUAAAUUUUAAAAAAAAAAUAAAUUCAUUGAAAGGAAUAAAUAAAAAUAAAAAUCAAAUAAAUAAAUUAAAUAAAAUAAAUCAUCAUCAUGAUCAUAAUCAUAAUCACCCUCAUAAUAAUAAUAAUAAUUAUUCUUAUAAUUAUUAUCGAAUGAUACAAAAUCAAAAUAUCAAACAUGACUUUUUUUCAACAUAUAACAAAAAAGUAGGUACAAAAAAUAUAAAUAAGUAUAUCCCAAGUUAUUAUAAUAUUCAUAAUAGCCCUCAUAAAAUGUGUAAAAAAAUAUUACUUAAUUAUUACCCAAACAUAAAUCAUAUUCAUAAUAAUAUAAAACAUAUGAAACAUAUCAAACAUAUCAAACUUGUAAAUAAAAAUUAUAAAAAUCUAUAUCGUAAUAGAAAUAAUAAUAUAACAUAUAAUUUUGGAAAGCAAAUAAAAUAUAUUCAAAGAUCAUACAUUAAAAAUCAACAGGCAUCAAUAAAAUAUCGGAAUAUUAUACAAAGCUUCUUUUUUAUUAUAAAAGAAGAAGGGGUUUUAGGAUUAUGGAAAGGUAAUUUUGUUAAUACGAUAAGAGGUGGAAUUGUAUAUUCAGCUAAAUUUGGAACGAAUGAUAUAAUUAAAGAUAAAUUAAAAAAAGCAAAAAUAAAACAAAAAAAUGUUUACAAUAAUAAUAAUAAUAGUAUGGAUAUACAAAAUAGUUGUCAAAAUAAUAGUAAUAUUUUAACAAACAAUACAUUUAAUUAUUAUGAAAGUAUAACAGCUGGAUAUAUUUCGGGAAUUAUACAAAAAACUCUGUCAUAUCCAUUAGAUUUAUUAAGUAUACGUAUGGCUCUAGGUGUCAAUGAAAAAUAUUUAACAAAUAAUAAUCAUAUUUUAUAUAAAAAAAAAUCAAUUAUGGAAAUGAUAUAUGAAAUAAUACAAAAAGAAGGAUUUUCUGGUUUCUACAAAGGAUAUAUUCCAACAUUAUUAACAGGAGUACCAUAUGUUACAUUACAAAUGUUAUUCUUUGACUUUUAUAAAAACAUAUUCCAAACAUAUUCAUCAAACCAUUAUAAUAAUAUUCCUACUUUAGCUUUGUAUUCAUCAUUAGCAGGAUCUUUAAGUAAUCUUACAUCACUAAUUAUUGUUUUCCCAGGAGAUACCGUAAGAAAAAGAAUGAUGAAUAAUGGUAUUGAUAAUAAAAAUUAUAUUUAUAAAAAUACUUUACAUUGUAUAAAAAAUAUUUAUUAUCUUGAAGGAAUUCGAAAUUUUUAUCAUGGAUUAUUUCCAUCAAUGUUGAAAUGUAUACCUUCAGGUGCUAUACAAUUUAUGUCCUACGAAAUAUUAAAGCAUCUCGUCUCAAAAAAUUAA